AUUUACAUUCCUAAAAUUUGUUAUUGAACACCGAAGGAAGGUCGAACUUCAUUCUUAUUUAACCGGUCCUUAAAAUUCUUUAAUUACGUUAUCAGUAUGUCUGCGAAAUAUAAAAUUGUUAUGAUUCGACAUGGCGAAAGUGAAUGGAAUCAGAAAAAUUUGUUUUGCGGAUGGUUCGAUGCUGAUUUAAGUGAUAAAGGUCGUGAAGAAGCAUUGUCUGCUGGACAAGCCUUGAAAGCAGAAGGUUAUCAAUUUGACGUCGCUCACACAUCUGUGCUAAAGCGAGCUCAGAUUACUCUGAAUUCCGUUCUGAAGGAGAUUGGGCAAUCAGAUCUGCCUGUGAACAAGACGUGGCGUCUAAACGAAAGACAUUAUGGUGGACUCACUGGUCUUAAUAAGGCAGAAACUGCGGCCAAGUAUGGGGAGGCUCAGGUACAAAUUUGGCGUCGCAGCUUCGACAUACCACCACCACCUAUGGAGAAGGAACACCCGUAUUACGACACCAUUGUGAAAGAUCCCCGUUACGCUGGAGAUCCUAAACCUGAGGAGUUCCCCAUGUAUGAGAGUCUGAAGCUCACUAUAGAGAGAACUUUGCCAUACUGGAAUAAUGUUAUUGUUCCACAGAUCAAAGAAGGCAAAAGGAUAAUAAUUGCUGCCCAUGGAAACAGUCUUAGAGGCAUUGUCAAGCAUUUAGAUGAACUCAGUGACGCCGCUAUUAUGGAGCUGAACCUGCCUACUGGUAUCCCAUUUGUGUAUGAAUUGGAUGAGAAUCUGAAGCCAGUUAAUUCUAUGGUGUUCCUCGGUGACGAGGAAACAGUUAAGAAGGCAGUGGCUGCUGUUGCCGCCCAGGGGAAAGCCAAGUAGAUCUAUUAAUUAUUGUUUUAUUUAAUACAAAUAUUAUUAAAUAAAAAUAAUAUGUAUAUGUGCAUAUGUUUAUUAAGAUUGAUUAGUUAAUGGAAUGUUUUCAUAAAGUUCUUUUUUUAUUUAUAAAUAUAUGAUUAUUUUACUCGUAAAUUAGAAGCAUGCAACAUCUCUGUAAUCGACAGAUUACAGAAUAAACAUUAAAAAAAAAAUUUGGUAAUAUGCCAUAAAUGCACUUCUAUUAUCUAAUAUUUUUAUUUUAAAAAAUAUAUAGUUUAUUUUGUUUGGAUUAUUAUAUUAU